GGCCCAUCAAAAGCCGAGUGCCGGCGCCGGUGCGGGGAGUCUGAUGGGGAGUCGGCCGUGGAAGCAGCAUCACCGCUCGGCACUGCUCGUUCCGGCAGCCCGGCACCAGACCCGGCAGCUGCGUCCAUGAGAUUCUUCAGACUCACCUUCAAGUGCUUCGUGGAUUGUUUUUGAAGCGGCCGAGCGCGGCUUCGCUGCCUCACCGUCUCACCGUCUCCUCAUCCCAGCACAAUGCACUCAGACUCACCGCCGCGUCCUUCAGAUGGGUACGGUUGUACUGGUGUACCUGAAGCUGAGACUGCAGAGCUGGUUGCUGACCCUGAGUCUGGGCAUGAGGACAAAUCUGUGCUGACCCCUCUCGUCAUCAACAAUGGUUGUGUGAAAGAUGGAGCAGUCGAGAGGGAGACUUGGACUCGUCAGAUGGACUUCAUCAUGUCCUGUGUAGGCUUUGCUGUGGGACUGGGCAACAUCUGGAGGUUUCCCUACCUCUGCUACAAGAAUGGAGGUGGAGUUUUCCUCAUCCCAUACCUGCUCAUCGUUCUGGUGGGGGGGAUUCCGGUCUUCUUCUUGGAGAUUGCACUUGGACAAUUCAUGAAGCAAGGUGGUGUUGGCGCUUGGAAUAUUGCACCUCUCUUCAAAGGUCUGGGCUUUGCCUCCAUGGUGAUCGUCUUCUUCUGUAACACCUACUACAUCAUGGUCCUGGCCUGGGGACUGUACUAUCUCGUACACUCCUUCACUAACAACCUGCCUUGGGCCACUUGUGGCCACACCUGGAACACUCCGGAAUGUACCGAGCACUUCGAGCACACUCAGUGCCACAACAGGACUGUCGUCAACGGCACUAACUUCACCAUCGACUGUGAGGAACUAGCGAACAAACGCUCACCCAUCAUCGAGUUCUGGGAGAGGAGGGUUCUGAGGAUCUCGGAUGGAAUCGACCAGGUUGGGUCGAUCAGCUGGCAGAUGCUGCUGUGUGUGCUUGCCACCUGGAUCAUUAUCUACUUCUGUAUCUGGAAAGGAGUCAAAUCAACGGGGAAGGUUGUCUACUUCACCGCCCUAUUUCCCUACCUGGUCCUGGUGAUUCUCCUCGCCCAUGGGGUAUCCCUGCCUGGAGCUCUGGAUGGCAUCAUUUACUACCUGAAACCAGACUGGUCCAAACUGGCCGAAGCUCAGGUUUGGAUUGAUGCAGGAACCCAGAUCUUUUUCUCAUAUGCGAUUGGAUUAGGAGCACUUACAGCACUAGGCAGCUACAAUCGUUUUAACAACAACUGCUACAGAGAUGCCUACCUCCUGGCACUGAUCAACAGCACCACCAGCUUCUUCUCGGGCUUUGUCGUCUUCUCCGUGCUGGGCUUCAUGGCGUCUGAACAAGGAGUGGACAUCUCAAAGGUGGCAGAAUCUGGCCCUGGCCUGGCCUUCAUCGCCUACCCCAAGGCCGUCACUCUGAUGCCAGUUGCCCCUCUCUGGGCCGCCCUCUUCUUCUUCAUGCUGCUGGUCCUGGGACUCGACAGUCAGUUUGUGGGCGUCGAAGGGUUCAUAACCGGCCUGAUGGAUCUGCUCCCAGCCUCAAUGGCCGGCACCGUCCGCAGGGAGCUGGUGGUCGCCAUCUGCUGCCUCAUCUGUUUCCUCAUCGACCUCUCUAUGGUGACAAACGGGGGGAUGUACAUCUUCCAACUCUUCGACUACUACUCGGCCAGUGGCAUCACGCUGCUCUGGCAGGCAUUCUGGGAGUGUGUCGUUGUAGCCUGGGUCUACGGUGCAGAGCGCUUCAUUGGUGAUAUCACCCGGAUGAUCGGCUACCGCCCCUUUCCCUGGAUAAAGUGGUGCUGGCUGUUCAUCACACCCUGUGUCUGCGUGGGAAUCUUCCUGUUCCACGUAGUGAACUAUAAACCGCUGACGUACAACAAGAGCUACGUGUACCCGUGGUGGGGAGAGACCUUUGGCUGGUUCCUUGCCCUGGCGUCCAUGGCCUGUAUCCCCAGCACCGUGCUGAUCAAACUUCUGUGCAGUAAGGGAUCUUUGCGAGAGCGCUGGAAGCUGCUGACCACUCCAGUCUGGGGCUCCCACCACCUGCAGUAUAUGACCAUGGAGACGUCCCUCAAAUUCCUGGGUCCUCAGGGAGUUCCCCAGGACCUCAAAGAGAAGGAGACAGCCAUCUAACACGGACAGCUCUGAGCCUCAAACACCUUCCCUCUCUGCUUGCUGAUUCAGCUGUCCCAUUCACACCCAGCUUCUCCUGUAUUGUACAGAAUGUGAACUUCAGUCCUAGUUUGGGUUGUAUUUUCUUUGGAUGCAUUCUUUCCUUAUAAAGCGUGCAGUGACGAUGGAACCACACCUGUCCCAGGAUCAUCGGUGAAGCUACCUGGAUGAUGGGAUGUGUCUAGCAGCUGCAGGCUGGUACCUCCUUGUUGUUAAAAACAAUCUAACCAGGUGGAAGAUGCCAGCUGAUCACCGAGGGCUGUUUCCUGAGGGAGGGGUGUGGAGAAGGGAUUGGGAUGUAGCCCAGAGCAGGUCUGGAGGUUUAGAGAGGAAUUUUUUUUUUUAGACGGGGCAAGUUCCAGCUGGAAUAGAUUGAUAGGUUCAGGGCGGGCUUACUCACUUCCAUCAAGGCAGCAAGAAAACAGGAAAACAGCGGGGUUGAGGAUGAAUCAGGCUGGUGGCCAAGAUGAUUCUGGAUAUGAUAGCUUCCCAAUAGGUUUCAGAUGGUCUCUAGCUUCUCUCUGCCCUGGUGGCCUGGGACAGGUGCCAGUUGCUGAAUGUGGGCCCCAAUUCCACCUCUGUCCUGGGCAGUUGGUUGACCCUGCCUAAACGCAGAUUUACCCAUUCUGCCUAAGCCAGGAUGAGAUUGCAAACGUCACGUUCAACCUGCUUGAGGCUUUGCAUCAAGCUCAGGACAUCCCAAAUCCCUGGACGGGACUGAAGUUAGUCACUAUUGAAUAUAUGCAUCCACAAACUCAGUAAUGACCAAACUUUCGAAGGGAAAAGCAGGAAGUGUAGGUAACACUCAACAGGGCGGGCAGCAUCUGCGGGAGGAGAAACAGAGGCAAAACAUCAUGUCAUCAGAACAGGCAAGGACACAGAACAAGCUGCAGGGUGAGGGAGGGGGAAGGGGUUGUAUAUGCUGAGGUGAAACAGGGUGACUGCUGGGGUAAGGUUGUGUGGUCAAUGAGUGAACAGGGGCAGUUAGCGAGGGGGAAAGGGGACAGAGUGUGUGGAAGGGAGUUGUCUCCACUGGGAUGAAAUAGGGUGACUGUUGGGGUAUGGUUGUGUGGUUGGUGAGUGAAUGGGGCAAUUAGAGAGGGGGAACAAGGACAGAGUGUGUGAAAGGGGGUUAUAUAUGCUGAGGUAAAAUGGGGUGACUGUGAGGGUAAGGUUGUGUGGUCAGUGAGUGAAUGGGGGCAAUUAGAGAGGGGAAACAAGGACAGAGUGUGUGGAAGGGGUUGUCCCGGCUGGGGUGAAACAGGGUGACUAUUGGGGUAAGGUUGUGUGGUCAAUGUGUGAAUGGGUCGGUUCGAGAGGAGAAUGGGACAGAGUGUGUAAGUUGUGAGAUGGGGAUGGUUAGAGAGGGAGGACCGGGAUAGAAGGUGUGGGAAUUGGGAAGUGCAGGGCAGGAGUAUUUUCUUGACCAGAUUAUUGUGAGCAAUAAGUAUUGACAGAACUGGGGUGGACUUUCCAUCCAUGAGAAAGGACAGGGCUUUCCUUUAUUCUGUCAGCCUGGACUUUGUGGAGCCCUGACCUUCCAGCUCAGAGGUGAGAGUAUAAGCCUGGGGCCAGGCUGUCACCUUCCCCCCACCUCAUGUUGAUCAAAGCAGCUGUGGGUCCCUCACUCUCAUCAAAGCUUCUGUCAGUCUGAUACAGUGUUGAUGGUGAGUCUGUGUGGACCACCAUGCUUGGAAUAUCGCUGAAUGUGCCAAAGUUCCACAAGGCCUUCGCUGGAGAAAGGGAGGGAGACUUGGGACAGGAGUGACCGAGAGGUUGGCCAGUGACUGGACGGGGGUGUGUGUACCUCUGCCAGUGAGAAUCAAGGGUGUGAUACAGAUGAGCCUCAGUCUGAGGAGUAACUGGAGGGUUUUCACUCCUGCACGGACCACUUCUCAUUUUCACCUUCUGCAGGUCAUUAAUGGAACAAAACAAAUCCGCUCUAGCUUACACAAUGCAAUAAAAUUUUGAACGUUG